AUGACUCUUAAACCAAUUGAAGCAAGUGAAAUUAUUAAAGAAAUACCACAAGGAUGUGAGGAGUCAGAAAUGCCAGCAGCUGCAAAUACUGAAAUUUUUGAGACUAAAGCAGAAGAAAAAUUAUUAACAAAAGAAAUAAAAGACAUCAGAGAUAAAAAACAAAUUAAGUCAAAAAUCAAUGAAGUCACUAAACCAAAGAAAAAUGAACCUCAAAUUACAAAGGCUUUAGUCAAAAAAAUUUACAAUCAACUUAAACUUGUUCCCCCUGAAAAUGGAAAAUAUGUCUCAAAUGAAGAGUCUAUUCUUGACAGAAUGAAUGAUCUUAGAGAAACCAUAUUGGCUUCAUUGAUUAAAUUUUCCAAAGUAGAACAAGAUGAGGGUUUAAAAAAAGUUUUUGAGGAGUCAAGUAAAGUAAUAGAAGAUAAAAUUUCUCAAAUUGAAAUUAAUCAAGUCAAAUUACUUAUUAAUAAACUUAAUCAAAACCAAAAUAUCUCUAAAGGAGAUCCUUUCUCUUUUGCUUUACAACAAGAAGACCUUGAAAAGAAAGAAGAAAAUAAUGAGGUUAAAAGUCAAGAUAAAAAAGAUUAUAAAAAACAUGAGAAAAAAGACCAUAAAAAAGAAGAGAAAAAACCUAAAGCAUCAACGGUUCAUUCAAAAGAAGAAACAAAAGAUAAUAAUAGUAAUGAAAAUAAAUCUAAAGAAGUUAAAGCAAAUAUUGAUGAGGAAUUUGCUCGUCGUUUGACUGUACGAAAAGUAAGUACUGGUUUUAGUGAAGAAAAGAAAGAAACUAAAGAUGAAAAGAAACUAUGGCUUCCACCACGUAAGAGAAUAACUACUUAUAUAACUGAAGAGCAGAAAAAGGAAAAAUUAGAAGAUAAAAAAUCAGAAAUUAAUGACAACAAAACGCCAAAAGAAGACAUAGGUGUUAGUCUAAUUAGUAAUCCCAAAGAUAAAAAUGAACAUGAGGUAUUUACCAGUCGUUUGGGUCUACGAAAAGUUGCUGACAACAUCACAGAAGGAAAGAAAGAAGAAGCAACCAAAGACAUUGACCCUAAGGAAAAGAAAUCUAAAGAAAUUGAUGGAACUACACUUGAUGAAUUUGCUCGUCGUUUGACUGUAAGAAAAGUAGGUAAUGAUGUUAGUGAAGAAAAGAAACCAAAGCCUCCAACAAAUGAGGAAACAAAAGCUGCAGAAAAAGUUAAAGAAGGCAAAAAAAUAAAAGAAGAAAAGAAAGAAGAAGUUAAGGAAGAAAAGAAAGAAGAGGUUAAGGAAGAAAAGAAAGAAGCUAAGAAAGAUAAAAAGGAAAAGAAAUCAAAAUCCACACCAACUGAAGAAUCAAAAACUGAUCCUGUUAAAGAAAAGAAAGAAGCUAAGAAAGAGAAAAAAGAAAAGAAACCAAAAAGUAUAAAAACCGAUGAAGAAGUCAAAGCUGACAUUGUUGAAGAAAAGAAAGAAGAAAAAGAAAAGAAGCCAAAAUCAGUAAUAUCCAAAGAGGAAAAUGUUGAGGUUGUUAAAGAAAAAAAGGAAAAGAAGAAACAUGGUAAAGAGCAUAAAAAACAUGAUAAAGGGUUGAAGAAAGAACACAUAAAAAAGCACAAGAAACAUGAGAAAAAAGUAAAUGAAAAACCAGAACAUAAGGAAGUGAAAUAA